AUGUACACCACAAUCAAAACAUUACAACGUAACUUCGUCACUGACCCGGAAAGAUGGCUGGGUCAAAGCAUAUACUUCAAGAGUCUGUUCUCUGGGAAAUGGGGUGAUGAACAGGAAGAUGGCUCAUACUUUAUCGAAACCGACGCUCACAUCUUUGAACACAUCCUUCGGUAUCUUCGGACCGGGGUUCUUCCAGUCUUCUACGACAGAGGAAAAGGUCACGAUUUCGCGCUUUAUCAAGCUCUACUAGAGGAAGCGAAAUAUUUCGUCAUUGAACGACUGGAAAAAUGGUUACGCGAACGCAAAUAUCUGGAGGUCGUCGAAAUCCGUUAUUUAGCUACCGAAACUCAAGACCGAGGAGCUUACAAGAAACAUACCAGGUCUGAUAAUGAGGGCCGCACAUUCAUGGUGGAGGAUCACUUUGUUGAGAUUACAACGAGUGGCAACAUAGAGACUACAAUGGUCCCUAUGGUACAACAACAGAACUCCUUCUACUGCCCCAACGGAAAGCAUGGCAAAAGCGAUGAAGGAUACUGUAGGAGCUGCAUUGAGCAAGCAAGAGACGACAAAAUCUAUGUAAAUGGUGGCUGGAGAGAAGAGGACCAACUCAAGUGGUGCAUUGUGCGGAAAGAAGUUGUUUUUAACCACGAUCUCUGCGUCAACGCGUAUUUAGAAGAUGCUCUGCCAUGA